AUGUCUUCCCCAAACCACACUACAGUGACAGAAUUCAUUCUCUUGGGACUCACAGAUGACCCAGGACUAGAGAAGAUCCUGUUUGGGGUGUUUCUGGUGAUCUACCUAAUCACGCUGACAGGGAAUCUGUGCAUGAUCAUGCUGAUCAGGACCAAUUCCCACCUCCAAACGCCCAUGUAUUUCUUCCUUAGCCACCUCUCCUUUGUAGAUAUUUGCUAUUCUUCCAACAUCACCCCAAGUAUGCUGUACAAUUUCCUCUCAGACCAGAAGACCAUCUCCUAUGCUGGAUGCUUCUCACAGUGUCUUCUCUUCAUCGCUCUGGGGAUCACUGAGCUUUACAUCCUUGCCUCAAUGGCAUUGGAUCGCUAUGUAGCCAUCUGCAGCCCUUUACAUUACAGUACCAGAAUGUCCAAGGACACUUGUACCUCUCUAGUCAUGGUAUGUUAUGUUUUUGGCUUCCUCAAUGGACUCUCCCAGGCACUGCUGACCUUUCACUUGUCCUUCUGUGGCUCCCUGGAAAUCAAUCAUUUCUACUGUGCAGAUCCUCCUCUUAUAAUGCUGGCCUGCUCUGACACCCAUGUCAAAACGAUGGCAAUGCUGGUAGUGGCUGGAUUUACUCUCUCAAGCUCUCUCUUCAUCAUUCUCCUGUCCUACCUUUUCAUUCUUGCAGCCAUCUUGAGGAUCCAUUCUACUGAAGGCAGGCACAAAACGUUCUCUACCUGUGGUUCCCACCUGACAACAGUCACUAUAUUUUAUGGGACCCUCUUCAGCAUGUACUUAAAGCCCCCAUCUGAGAGGUCUGUAGAGCAGUCCAAAAUAAUUGCAGUCUUUUACACUUUUUUGAGCCCAAUGCUGAACCCAUUGAUCUAUAGUCUAAGGAACAAGCAUGUGAUCCACGCCCUGCAGCAGACAGUGAGGGGAAAUCUCUUCCAUAAAAAUGCAGGUUAGGCAUCUGUUCAUUGUACUGAGUAAGUGUCUGUGAUGAGAGAGGGACUCUCUUCAAAGAACAAACCUCCUGCUCUGUAGUCAUUUUUAUUUGUUUUCAUGAACUGUCAAUGACAUUUGCUAAUUUCUUGUAGAAGUUUGUAACUUUAAGGAUAUUGUUCUCCUAAAACUGUAACAUUGACAUUGAAAAUGUUUUAUUUAGCAAAGAACUUUUGAUAAUAAAUGGGCAAUAUUCAAUAAUUCCAUUCAAUACUUCACUAUCUUUACUGACUUGGUGGUUAAUCUAAUUCACUCUGAUGGGAACAUUGGAAACCCAUUUG